GGCCUUCUGAUACGUGCAAUCGGCAUCAACACUCUAUCCAGCCAAGAUCUAAAUAUAAUCAAUCCAGAAAGAUGAAAACUCGACUCGGCGUCAAUUUAUGCAUGAUUGAGACAAGUAUGGUAUUUAUCAAGAAAUGAUCGUGAUCACGAACGAACUUCCUUUCUCUUUCCUCUCUACCAUUCAUUCGGAAUGAUUGAGUGUAUCAUUUGCCAGGAUCCUCUCACAGAGCCUUAUUCUGCACCCUGCGGGCAUAUAUACUGUCUGGAAUGCAUAAACAACUGGUUCGACGCUACCAUGCGUCAACGGAGACCAUGUACUUGCCCGUCUUGUAGCGCCGUAGUUCCCAAAAAUCAAUUGCGCAAGGUCUUCAUUCCCCAGACGGAUUCGCUGGUACACGAGCUUUAUGCACUCCGGAAGGAAGUCAAAGAGCUGGAUGCCUACAACACAUUUCUAAUAUCCGAAAUGGAACGCUGCGAAGAACUUCGAAGUGCCGCCGAGGAAAAGGCAGAUUUGGCCAUGAAAAAGAGCGGCUACUCAGCUGCUGUUAAUACGUUUCUCAGUAUCCUUACCAACAUAGCCACUCUGGCGGGGAUUUUGACGGCGCUGUUUGAUGAUGUCAUCCAUCUCAUCGUCGUAGUUCUGUGCCUCAUUUCGAGGUUGAUCUGGCGCUUAUCGACUCGGCCUGGGGAGUGCUUUCAAGAGUUGGGACGCUGCGUCUGGAUUGUGAUCAGGGUGAUCACUACAAUGAUACUACUGUCAUUUAUAUUGAUGGUGAUGUUUUGGGCCGUGAGGUCUGCGAGUGUCAAGAUAUUCCAGCUCUUUGUAGCGCAUGUGUAUCCUCCGCUAUGCGAACUCGCAAAGUGGGCAUGGAAAGAGGUUUCGACCCGCUUCAUCGACAUUUCGACUACCUUCAUCAGGAACCACAUCAUCGAUUUCCAGGCGUAUAGAAAGCAAGGAACAUCCCUUCGAACGGGAGUUCCAAUGCUUGAUCGUUUAUUGUCUAGGAACCUUUGAUCUGAGCCGUCCCCAAGAUACCGCACCGAGACCCGGUUAUGUCGCCAUUUGAGCGGCCGUCUAGGCCAAGUGCGUACUUAAGCCGCUAAUGAUGAAAUACCGUUCGGAAGGUGGCGAUUCAUUCUGCUACACGUGUUCUGAGCGUGUU